CCUGCGCACUCGGGACCGCGCCUCGCAUUCCCGCAGUCUAGGCGGCAGGCCCGGGAGGACCUGGGCACCGAUCCUAAAGCCCGCGGAGGGGGGGAAGCUGGAGCCCUCGGCUGCCCGGCCUGCACUCCUUCCCGGAGGGCGCAGAGCCCGGGUUAUUCUCUGCAGCGUGAGUCACGCGUUGCCCUCGCUGUCAGCCACCGCGCGCUCCGUGCCCCGGGGAGGCGCAGGACCCGCGCGCGUGCCGGAGCCCCCGCUGGGCGUGAGGAUGGCUUGUCAGAACUUUGCUUCUCCAGAAGAACCCUGAGGAACACUGACCAAUUCUUGUGAUUCCAGAACCAUGGCACAUACAUCAGUGACAUUCAAGGAUGUGGUUAUAAACUUCUCUCGGAAAGAGUGGGAGUGCCUGGACCCUGCUCAGAGGGACUUGUACAGGGAUGUCAUGUUGGAGACCUACAGCAACUUGGUCUCACUGGGAUAUUCUGUCUCAAAGCCACAUGUAAUUAUCUUACUGGAGCAAGGUAAAGACCCCUUCCCAGUGGUGAGGGAUGUGCCAGGAAGACAGGACCCAGGUUUAUUUUCCAGGUCUGAGACUGACAAAUUACCAUCAGAAAAGGACAUCAAUGAGCUAAAUUUAUCCAACUUGGAGAAAAUACAAAUCAGUAAAACUCUUGGCCUUAAUGAAUCUAUUUUGAGAAAUGAGCUGCAGAGCAAAAAUGAGUUGGAUGGUCAACAGGGACCUCAAGAAAGGUAUAUCACUCAAAUGAAAAUCAUCUGUAAGGAUAAGCCAGCACGUGGAGAGGAUCCAUCUUCUACUCUGAAUCAGAGAAUUCACAAUUCUGAGAACCCGAAUGAAGACAGGGAAUGUGGCUCCAACUCAGUUCAACUUGAAAAAAUUCAUUCCAACGAACACCAUGAUUGUCAAGAAUGUGGGAAUACUUUUAAUAGUGUCUCUCAGCUUACUCUACAUCAGAGAACUCAUACUGGUGAUAAACCCUAUAAGUGUAAGGAGUGUGGGAAGCUCUUCGGUCGUAAGUAUCAGCUUACCCGGCAUCGGCGAUUACACACAGGUGAAAAGCCGUAUGAGUGUGAAGAGUGUGGGAAGGCCUUUAGCCUUGACACGCAGCUGAAUCGACACCAGAGAACUCAUGCCAGCGAGAAAGGCUAUCGAUGUAAACGGUGUGGGAGGGACUUUGUUAGCUUCUUAGAGCUUAUUCAGCAUGGGAAAAGCCACACCAGCGAGAAGCCAUAUGAAUGUAAGGAGUGUGGAAAGGUGUUUCGACUCGGUUUAUACCUUACAGAACAUCAAAAACUUCAUACAGGUGAGAAAACCUACAAGUGUAAAGAGUGUGGGGAAACUUUCAGUACGUGUGGACAACUUACUCAACAUCAGGAAACCCAUACUGGUGAAAAACCCUGUGAAAGGAAGGAAUGUGGGAAGGCCUUUGGAUGUGGUUCUUACCUUACUGAGCACAGAAAACCACAGGCAGGUAAGAAACCUUAUGAGUGUAAGGAGUGUGGAAAAACCUUUAAUGUGCGGGGACAGCUUAAUCGGCACGAAACGAUCCAUUCUGGUGUAAAACCUUUUGAAUGUGAUGUGUGUGGGAAGGCUUUUGGUUAUAAUGGCGACCUUAGAGUACACCGUCGAAUUCAUUCUGGUGAGAAACCUCAUCAGUGUAAGGAGUGUGGGAAGGCCUUUAUGCUUCGUUCAGCCCUCACUGAACAUCAGAGAAUUCAUUCUGGUAUAAAGCCCUAUGAGUGUAAGGAGUGUGGGAAGACCUUUCGUGGGCGCUCUCAAGUUAGUCUACAUAAGAAAUUUCAUACUGACUUGAAACCCUACAAAUGUGCAAAAUGUGGGAAGACCUUCAGAUUUGGUUUCUAUCUUAGUGAACAUGAAAGAAUUCACACUGGUGAAAAACCCUACAAAUGUAAAGAGUGUGGAAAGGCUUUUAUUCGUAGAGGAAAUCUUAAGGAACAUCUGAAAACUCAUUCUGGAGUAAAACCCUAUGAAUGUAAAGAAUGUGGGAAGGCCUUUAGUUGGCGUGGACAGUUUACUCAACAUCAGAAAAUUCAUACAGGUGUAAAACCCUACAAAUGUGGAGACUGUGAGAAGGCCUUUAAUCGUAGUGGAGACCUUAAAGUACAUCGAAGAAUUCACACUGGUGAGAAGCCCUAUGUGUGUAAGGAGUGUGGGAAGGCCUUCCGACUUAAUUCACACCGUACUGAACAUCAGAGGAUUCACACUGGUGAGAAGCCCUAUGAGUGUAAGGAGUGUAAGAAGGCCUUCAGACAGCGUUCACACCUUUAUCAGCAUCAGAAAACUCAUAAUGUAACUUAGAAGAAGAAAGCCUUUCCAUGCAUGCUCUGCUUACAGAGUAUCAAAAUAUUCAUGUGGGAAAAAUUUAGUCAGUGUCUUUCUUUAGAUAUGUUUACUUAAUAAAUACAUAAGAGCCUUAGUCUCUACUAAAUUUUAAAGAAUUCAUACUAUAAAAUAAACAUAUUAGCAUAAAAAUAUUGGGAAGUUUUCUAAGCAAUGAUACAAAUAUUAUCAUUGCCUUCCCACUACUCUUCUAUCUGUGUGAUAUCAGGAAAAACAUUUAUCUGAUGGUGCCUUGGGUGAAAAUGAUACCCACACCUAAAAGUGUGGCUAUUAGUUUAUAGUAUGUCUGAUACUGCUUAAAGUAUCUGGUGAAAAAAACCUAUUUUGAGUUAAUGCUGGAUAUUAUUUUUUUAUUAUCAAGCACUAUGAUUACUGAAUGUCUUAAUGGAAAGAUACAGUAGAGGAAACAAAUUUAUAAAAACCACUUGUCAUUUACUGUAUUUCAGGAAAUUCUUCAGUAAAAAAUCUGUUGUGGACUAAAUGUGGCAAAUUCAUAGCUUGAAACCCAAAUUCCAAUGGAGGGAUUUGGAGAUGGGGCCUUUGAGAUGUAAUUACUUCAAGAGGGCAGAUCCCUCAUAAAUGGGAUUAAUUCCCUUAUUCUUAUAAGCUAGCUAGACAUCUUUCUUCCUCUUUAUCUCCUUCUCUAGCUCUUUCUCUCUUUCCUUCCUUCUUCUCUCCCUCCCUCCCUCCCUUCCUUUGUUUUUGUUUGUAU